AUGCUCCAAACCGCCAUCAACAAAGACAAGGGAUUCCCACCACCUGUGCAGAACCACAACUUUGAGAUCAAGCUGGGUAUGAUCAACCUUGUCCAGAACAAGAUGUUCCAUGGGUUGCCAAGUCAAGACCCCAUUGAUCAUCUUGAUGAGUUUGAUAGGUUAUGUGACUUGACUAAGAUCAAUGGUGUCUCUGAAGAUGCCAUCAAGCUGAGACUCUUCCCUAUGUCUCUUGCUGACAAGGCUCACCAAUGGGAGAAGAGCCUGCCCCAGGGCACAAUUACAACUUGGGAAAAGUGCAAGAAGGCGUUUCUCGCCAUGUUUUUCUCGACCGGUCGCACAGCUAAGCUAAGGAGUGAGAUAUCAAGCUUCAUUCAGAGGAACAAUGAACUUUUACAGAAGCUUGGGAAAGACACAGCCAGCAAUGGAAACUUCCUCAAGCAAGAUGUAGAGGAUGGCUGGCAGCUUGUAGAGAACAUUGCCAUAUCAACAGAAAGUUAUGGAGAGAAUUACGAUAGCAAAGACUGGAGCUCGACCGCGCACUCGAUCGAGUCAGAAGCACAUAUGCGAAAAGACUUGCAUGCUCUCCAUUCCAAGCUAGACAGGCUGAUCCUAGCUCAAUUCCCUGCGAAGCAAGUCAACUCUAUCUCUGGUACAACACACGCUCAGAAACAGGAAGGGGAGGCGCCACAAAUUGAAAGAGCACCUCCAAACACAAAGAAGACUAUCUAUGGUCACACAGCAUACCAAGCGCCUGCGGCAUACAAGAUUGCUCCGCAAAGAUACAGGCAGCACGAGCCUCUUCAAGGUUUCCCACCCACUUUUCCACUACACCAAAUGAAUAUCCCACCCGGAUUCCCAUCAAUGCCAUAUCCCACUACACCAAGUCCAGAUUGGGACAUGAAAGACAUGCUUCAGCAGCUCCUACAAGGGCAAGCCAAUGGCACAUUGGAGAUGAACAACAAGUUGGUUGAGAUAGACUCCAAAAUAGCAUCUCUAACUUCAAGGGUACAAAUUAUUGAGUCUUCUAGCGCUUCAUCUUCUUCAUCCCAAGAAUAUGUUCAAGCAGUCACACUACGAAGUGGUCGACAGUUACCUAACAGGAUUGGUGCACCCCAAAUCGAUGUGGACAUCAAUGACGAGGAAGGGGAGGGUUUAGUUGAGUAUUCAGACAUUCCUGCAACCAACUCGAUCGAGCCAGAACAUAACACUGAACCAGAGCUCGAUCGAGCUAGUGAACCAGAAGCUCCGCAAGACAAACCAGAGCUCGAUCGAGUUAGUCCACAAGUUGACAAAGCAAGUUCUAGCCAACUACCUAAGCCUGUUGGAAAGAAGAAGGACACUCUGAUGCAGAGAGAUAUUUAG